CGCACGACUACAGACCGACUGGCGAACCGUCGACUUGUGGCCGUUGCGGUGUCGUUCUGCGGCAUCUGGCAUUAGUUUGCCGUAUCCCUUUCGUCUCGACCAACUGGGCUCGAGCCCCCGCUUGAUGUUGACAUACGCGCCUUUGUCCACCAACCUACAUCCAUAUUUCGCCGCGUCCGCGAUCGUAGCUCGCCUGUCUUUGGAAAUACAUCGAAACAUCAAGAGCUUGGGUUUCUGAACUACAUCAAGGAAUCAGGGGUCAAAGAACAACAUCGAAAUGGCAAGCUCAGACUACGGCGGCGGCCCCGUGGGCGACCGCGAAUUCACCCAUGGACAUCCCCAGGGGCACCCCCAAGGUGAAGCUGCGCAUCCGAGAGAGGACGAGCAUCUGGAUAUUACCCAAACGAUAUCACAACAAAACGGCGCCCCCACAAAUGCCCACUUGGCUCGCAUUCCAGGAUCGCCUGCGCUGAGCGCCGCCGAUGCUACAGAUCUCGAAUCGAGACGUAGUGGAGAGAAGAACAGGCCAAAGCCAAAGGGGUCGAGGAUAGCUAGCGGACAAGUGCGAGUGUGCAAGAAAUGUGGCGAACCAUUGACGGGGCAGUUUGUUCGCGCACUCGAUGGGACAUUUCAUUUGGAUUGCUUCAAGUGUCGCGACUGCGGCCAAAUUGUGGCUUCCAAGUUCUUCCCAGCCGACGACAACAACGGCGAGGGUCAGUAUCCCCUCUGCGAGACGGAUUACUUUCGCAGGUUAGGCUUGCUGUGUUAUCAGUGUGGCGGAGCUCUUCGGGGUUCUUACAUCACGGCCCUCGAUCGCAAAUACCACGUCGACCACUUUACCUGCUCGCUUUGCCCGACUGUCUUCGGCGCUCAGGAUAGCUACUACGAGCACGAUGGACAUGUUUACUGCCAUUACCACUAUUCGACACAGUACGCCCAACGUUGCAGUGGCUGCCAAACUGCCAUCCUCAAGCAGUUUGUCGAAAUAUUUCGAAACGGCCAAAAUCAACACUGGCAUCCCGAAUGCUACAUGAUUCACAAGUUCUGGAAUGUCAGGUUAAAUCCUCCACAAAAGGCUCUCGGGCCGGUGCCGGAUGACCCUGCUGGCCGUGAACUAGUUCGGGACGAAGAGGAACGCAUGGAAGAGAAGGUCUACCGUAUUUGGAGCGUGCUUUCGACUUUUGAAGAAUCGUCGGCGGCUUGCAUAUCGGAUAUGCUUCUCCAUGUGAGCAACGGGGCAUAUGUCGACGGUGUCAUGGUAGCUAAAAAGUUCAUAUGGCACGUUGACAUACUGUUCCACUCAGCGGAUAGGCUUGACGCUACCAUGGCUCGACUGGAUAUGACAGGCCUAAUGUAUGGAAGAGAAGCCAAGCUUCUGUGCAAGAAGAUCGUGGCAUUCUUCUCGCUACUGUCCAAAACACAGGAUAAGGGCUCCCGCAAGCUUGGUGUUACCCAAGAAUUGUUAACACUCGUCACUGGUCUAGCUCAUUAUCUGAAGCUCCUUAUUCGAAUCUGCUUACAGGGAGCGUUGCGGAUCGAGAAGGAGCGCGACACCGCCGAUGGCCUCGAUGCGUUUCUCGACGAGCUCAACGAUCUUGAAGCGCUAAAGACUGAAGAUAACUCCACGACGACGCUUCAGCUAACAUCCGGCAUGGCUCGCCUCUCGGCUUCGGACUCGGACUCGUGUACCCUCUGCAAAAAGCCCAUUGAGGACGAGUGUGCGAAGAGCGGCGACAAGAGGUGGCAUAUCACGUGUGUCAACUGCUCACGUUGCCAGAGAGAACUCGGCCGGAGUCUACAAGAUGCCCGACUGAACCUGUACGAUUCCAAGAUAUUUUGCAACAACUGCGAAUCGUACAGCUCGGACAAGGCGCCGCCGUUUGAGCGUGUGUCCAAGCUGCAGCAGUACAUGUUCCUCCUGCAGGUGGCGCUGGCCAGGUUGUUGGAAAUCCUACGAAUGCACGGUGCCCUUCCGUCUGCGGCUGAAGCAAGGGGUCAUAAUGGAAACGAUGCAGGCGAUGGCCGCCCAUCACUGGAUGGUAGACAGAGGGGCUUUCCCGGGGGCGAUCAGUCACAACAUCAUCGAGAAUCGUCCUAUGAGAGCGCUCUUAAUGAUGUCAAGAGGCUGAAGAGCACCCGUUUGGAUAAGCACCUUUCGUCAAGCUUUAGGAAAGCUCGGACGUCCCGAAUUAUGGAUGGACCCGAGAGUAGCAGUGCACAGCCCGGGUCCGGGCCUGGUUCGGGCGUCGAUGGUGGACCAGCUAAUGGCAGGAGAAUGCGGAUCGAGGAGGAUAUGGGACCCGGAGACGACCACGAUAUGAUGCUGCCUAAUCAGGACGCCCUCACCCUUGCGGAUAUUCCUCGGAUCGUUGCUGCUGAGCAGGCAAGAGAACAACGAACAGGUCCGCCUAGUAGGCAUGAGCUAUUGCGUUCUCCGGCCACCGAGCCCUCAUUUGGUGGUGCAUCAUCAGGCAGUGGACACAAGCGAAGCUAUUCCGACAGCAAGGGUGGGGACGCGCGUGCUGCUGGUGAACCAUCGCCUCAGCGUGUUGGUAGGAGAUACUUCUCCGAACUUUCUGCUUUGGAAUAUUUCAUCAUCCGACAUCUUGCCGUUGUCACCAUGGCCCCGAUGGUGGAGGGUGAGUUUACCCUGGUGGAACUGAUCGGACUUAUCGAAACACGGAAAACGCCCAACUUCUGGAAGAAUAUCGGUAAAGCCUUUCAAAAAGAUGGACGGAAGAAGAAGGGUGUGUUCGGCGUACCCCUGGAAGCUAUUAUCGAACGGGAUGGAGCCGAGUCCACAGACGGCGUGGGACCCGGGACGCUGAGGAUCCCGGCAGUUGUUGACGAUAUCCUAGCUCUCAUGAGGCAAAUGGACCUUUCGGUCGAAGGCGUUUUCCGAAAGAACGGCAAUAUCAAGAAGCUGGGUGAGCUUGUUGAGAAGAUCGACAAAGAAGGGAACGUGGACCUCAGCGGUAACAACGUCGUUCAGGUGGCCGCCCUGCUAAAACGAUAUCUCCGAGAAUUGCCUGAUCCGCUCAUGACCCAGAAGCUCUACCGACUUUGGCUGGCAGCCGCAAAGAUCUCGGACGAGGACAAGAAGAGGCAGUGUCUCCACCUGAUAUGCUGUCUGAUGCCCAAGUGUCACCGCGACUCCAUGGAGAUACUGUUCUGCUUCCUUAAGUGGGCCGGAUCGUUUCACCAGGUCGAUGAAGAAUCAGGUUCCAAGAUGGACGUCAAGAAUCUGGCAACUGUCAUAGCGCCCAACGUUUUGUUUGACAGAACUGCGACGUCCACGUUGGGUAGCGACCCGAUGUAUGCAAUCGAGGCCGUCGAGAUUCUGAUAGCAAAUAUUGAAGAGAUGUGCUUGGUCCCCGAUGAACUAGUACAAUACAUCAGCGACCCUGCCUUCCUCGACGCAGAGCUCACGACCAAAGAAAUCCUCAAGCGGUACUCUGAACGUAAUACCGGCGGCUUCGGUUCACGACAGUACGCCGAUGUCGUCGAGAUCGUCGGCCGGCACGAGAACCCCAGUCGGCCACCGCCACGAAGGGUCGAAUCCGACCCGACGUCGUGGCAGCAGGAGACUAGCGUCCGGACCGUAACCGAGAACGCGGCGUACCUCGGCCCUGGCCCCGUUGGUGGUGGCAGUGGUAACAACGGAGGAAUGGUGGAUCGGAUGGGAGGCCCCGGAGGAGCGGUGUCACCACAAAAGCGUGGCGGACCUGGCGGGAUGGGACCACAUCCACUCUCACAGUCACAUGGAGAUGGUGGUCCCGGUGGGUUCAGCAACCAUCCUCCAGGGCCGCCUGGUGGACCACAACAGCCUAUCCCGUACGGUCCCGCACCUGAACACGCGGCUGCUGCUGCCGCCGCCGCUGGUGGUGGUCCAGGUGGUCCAGGGGGUCCUGGAGGGCCAGGUGUAGGACCAGGUGGAAACGCGAUAGGAGGCGGAGGGGACGGGGCCGCAAGCGGCGGCGACUAUAAUCGUAAUGGCGGGCCGCCGAGCGGGCAGCAUAAUCACAAUGGAGGACAGCAACAACAGGGACCGAGGAAGGAAUGGCGGAAUUCCGGCUGGGGCAGGCCAAACAACGGGGUGACUACUGGCACUGCAUGAGCACUGCAGGAGCUCCUACCUCACCUGUCAUAUUGUUUUGGUUGUUUUUUGGGAGGAGGUGGUGGAGAGGGUUUUAGUAAAAUGCCGUCGGCUGGACGGAAGUGGUGAUUGUUCCUUUUUUUUUGU